CUGUGACUGCUUUUUGAUUGGCUGGAAGAGCAUGUGACUCAUCAGAUGCUUGCCUAUUUAAAGGCAAGGGAGUGGCACCUCCGUUCCCGCUUCUGCCUGCAGGACCCCAGAGAGCAGUUGCAGCACAGAAAGCUUGAAGAUCAGCAUCAUGCCUGGAAUUACUUGCACCAACAUCCGUAUUGCCCCUGGGCAGCGUGUUGCUGUGAAAGGAGACAUUCCAGCAGGACCCAAGAGUUUCGUAGUUAAUCUGGGCAAAAAAGACGAUGAACUCAUGCUACACUUCAACGCACGUUUUGAUGCUCAUGGCGAUGUGAGGACCAUUGUGUGCAACAGCAAGAGUGGUAGCCAGUGGGGGAAAGAACACAGAGAGAGCAAUUUUCCCUUCCAGGAGGGCACCACUGCAGAGAUAAUUUUCUCUCACAACAAAAAUGAGAUGACUAUUACGCUGCCCGGCAACUCUGAGUUCAAGGUACCCAACACCUCUGGCCAAGAAGGCAUCGAAUAUAUCUGCGUAGACGGUGACAUUGUAUUCAAGGGCAUCUCACUUCUUUAAUUGUCUCUGUCCUCUCCUAGUUGCCUUUCCUGCUUCAUGAGGCAGAAAAAUAAAACUCAGCUACAUUCUGGUCUUA